AUGGUCCGCGAUCACAGCAACCCCAAGACGCUGGCCAAGUCGGCAAAGGCGCAGGCGACCGGCGUCAAGACGGGCAACCUCCGCACCAAGGGCGAGAACUUCUACCGCGACGCCAAGUCGGCUCGUCGGGUCAACCUCCUCUCCGGCAAGUCGAGCAAGGCGGUGCGCGACGCCGACGGCAAGAUCCUCGUCGCAGCCGAGUACCAGUCGACCGAUGUCACGCCCGGCCGCGUCCAGCCCGACCGCCGCUGGUUCGGCAACACGCGCACCAUCUCGCAGACCGCGCUCGACCACUUCCGCGAGAACCUCAAGGACAAGAUCAACGACCCGUAUGCCGUCGUCCUCAAGCAAAACAAGCUGCCGAUGAGCCUCCUCACCGACACGGUCCGCGGCGGCAACAAGCAGGAGCUCACGACGACCGAGCCCUUCCACGACACGUUCGGCCCCAAGGCGCAGCGCAAGCGGCCCCGCCUCGAGGUCGGCUCGGUCGAGGAGCUCGCCGGCAACGUGUCGGCGCACGCGGCCAAGGUCGCGGCCGCGGCCGUCCAGGCCGAGAAGGACCAGCGCCUGUCCGACAUCCGCGACGUCGAGGGCACGCUCGCGCCCGAGGUGCUCGCCGCGCAGGAGGAGGACGCCAAGCUCGGCCGGGUCCCGCAGGACUGGAUCCUCGCCGCCGGCACGUCCAAGCGUAUCUGGGGCGAGCUGUACAAGGUCAUCGACUCGUCGGACGUGAUCCUGCACGUUCUCGACGCGCGCGACCCGAUCGGCACUCGCUGCGACUCGGUCGAGGCCUACCUCGCCAAGGAGAAGAAGGGCAAGAAGGUCGUCUACGUCCUCAACAAGGUCGACCUCGUGCCCGGCUGGGUCGCCGCCCGCUGGGUCAAGGUGCUCGGCAAGACGCACCCGACCAUCGCGUUCCACGCGUCGAUCAACAACUCGUUCGGCAAGGGCUCGCUCAUCCAGCUCCUGCGCCAGUUCUCGACCCUGUACUCGGACAAGAAGCAGAUCUCGGUCGGCUUCAUCGGGUACCCCAACGUCGGCAAGUCGUCCAUCAUCAACACGCUCAAGAAGAAGCAGGUCUGCACGACGGCGCCCAUCCCGGGCGAGACCAAGGUCUGGCAGUACAUCACGCUCAUGCGCCGCAUCUACCUCAUCGACUGCCCCGGUAUCGUCCCGCCGUCGGCUCGCGACACCGACUCGCAAAAGGUCCUCAAGGGCAUCGUCCGCGUCGAGCACCUGUCGGACCCGGCGUCGCACAUCGACUUCCUCCUCCAGCGCGUCCGCAAAGAGUACCUCGUGCGCACGUACGGCGUCCAGGACUGGACGAGCGCCGAGGACUUCCUCACCAAGCUCGCGCGCAAGGCCGGCAAGCUCCACCGCGGCGGCGAGGCCGACUACCGCACGGUCGCCACCAUGGUCAUCAACGACUGGAUCCGCGGCAAGAUCCCCUUCUUCGUCGCGCCGCCCGAGCCGACCGACGCGGCCGGCAAGCCCAUCCCUCGCCCGCUCAAGCUCGCAGGCGCGUCCGCCUCGACCUCGACCGCCGCCGACGACAAGAGCGAGUCGGCGCCCGCCAAGGUCGGCGCGACCAAGUCGUUCGACUCGGAGGGCAACACGGUGCGCCGCGUGCCCGGCGUUACGCAGCCGCUCCACCAGAUCGUGCACUCGACCAAGUUCCUGCCGGACGACGUCAAGCGCGUCGAGAUGGACGAGGCGGUCGAGGCGUCGACCGAGGGCGAGGACGAGGUCGACGAGGACGAGGCCGACUUUGACGAUGACGGCGAGGAGUGGGGCGGCAUCGAGUCGGGCGACGACGAGGACGACCUCGACGACGACGAGUUCGAGGGCGAGGCCGGCGCGGGCGAGAUCCCGCUCGCGUGGGACGAGCUGUUCGCGCAGGUCGUCGGCGAGGAGGACGGCGCGGUCAAGUCGUCGCCGGCGGCCAAGCGCAAGGCUGCGGCGCUCGACGAGGAGGACGAGGACGAGGUCUCGUUCGACGAGGAGGACGACGAGGACGUCGAGAUUCUCGUCGAGGGCGAGACGGCGUCGCCGGCGCGUUCGGCGGCGAGCGGCAAGCCUCCAGCGGCUGCCAAGCGCACUCGCGCCAUCGACAACGUGUCUUCCGACGCGGAGGACGCCGGCCGAUCGGGCAAGGAGAAGCGCAUGACGACCAACAAGAAGAAGGCCACCAACUUCUUCACUCACGCCAACGUCAAGAACAAAUCGCGCCGUGGCGGACCCGUCAAGGACCAGGCCGCGCGCAAGGCUGCCGUCGCAGGUGUGCCCGCACCCAAGGGCCACGCCGGCACGAGCAAGAAGCGCACGAGCAAGGGCGGCGCCGGCAAGCGGUAGAUGCGCGCGCGCGCAGAGUCGGCCGUACUCUCUCUUCUGUUCCCCUUCUUCGAGGUCUCACCGGCGUCUUCCCCUGUUGUCCUUGUAUUGCGAUGUGUCCUUCUCCCAGUC